CUGCACCCUUGAAAUUGUUGCGCUCAUCGUCUCGCAGAGUUCCGUUUCCGAACCAUCCCAAUGCCAACACUUGGAUUGGCAGGUGGCACGUCACCCAGCCUUGGGCGGGCAAUCGUGACCGCGCUGUUUUCUGCUCCACAUGGGCCGCAAUGGAAGAUAGUUAUCCUCUCCCGCUCUCGUCAUCGUCCACUCUGGCUUCGUGCUGUUGACCCCGAAGAGCUGCGCGUCCAGAUUCGCACUGCUGACUACCUCUCUGUGGAAUCGGUUGCCGGCGCGCUUAAGGGCGUGGACACACUUAUUUCAGUAACAUCCGCGCUAGAUGGGUCCCAGCGACAAGUCCAGCUAAAUUUACUCCACGCAGCGGUUAAAGCUGGCUGUGCACGCUUUGCGCCAUCACAAUGGGGAUUUGGGCCGACCGGAUUGGAAGCAGUCAGCGCCACAAAGGGAGCAGUUGAAGGCGUGUGGGAAGAAUGCAUGAGAUUUCAAGAUAAAAUCGAAUGCACCAGGUUUAACCACGGCUCGUACAUGAAUUAUUUGGGACAUGGAAUUUUUCCUAACCCUGAGCCACCGCUGCCGGAGGACAAGCAACUUAUCAGGCUGCAGGAAGGUGGCGGGUAUGCAAAAGGUGAAGAUGAGGCAUGUCAGGGCCUUCACCGGCAAGGAGAUAUGAAGGAUGGCUCCGGGGCAUUUCUCAUAUCGCUCAAGAAUGGCAUCGCUGAAUUACCUCAGACGGACGACGGCAAAUGGCCCCGGAUUACCUUGACUACGAUGAGGGAUGUGGGUCGCUUCGUCGCAUAUUCUUUAGAGCUUCCCAGGUGGGAACCCAGCAUGACCAUGGUUGGUGAAACUCUCACCAUGGGUGAACUUCUUACUCAUGCGGAGGCGGUAGCGAAACGCAAGCUUGAUGUGACGGUUGUGAAUUCGAAGAGCCUUGAAAGAAAGCUAAAAAGUGUCUCUUCUGAUGAUUUUAUGGCUUGGCUAUGGGUUGAACUUAAACUCGCAUACUGCAGAGACCGGCUAGACGAAGGGUACCUGGAACCAGUUGUUAAUAGGCUGUGCCCAGAGGUGAAACCUACGUCGGUGAAGGAGUACUUGCAGAGCCACUGGAUGGAUGCAGAUUAAAACCAGUUUUGGAGCACAUCCUCUAGGCCUAGUGGUGGAUUUUACAAUGAAACUCAAACUAAAUCAGAACAGAUUAGGUUUGGUUCUGAUUUCUAAAAUUUAGACUAAAAAUCACAGCGCUUCAGUUCCAACUGGGGUUGGACUUGCCUGAACUCAGACCAAAUGUAACUCUAGUCCUUUCUGUUGUCACCCAGACUUACUCCACAGAGUCUCUACUUAAUAAAAGAUAUAUUUUAUACCUAGAAAUAUUCAUUCUAGCCGCCCUUAACUUUCUAUGAUUUGCUUGUUUCCUACCGACCUGCUUCGGAAAUAAUUUCUUAAAUUUUUUUUUAAACAC